AUAAUAGAUGAAAAUCAAUUUUCUACAUUACAUCAAACAAUAACAAAUGAACCGACCGCUAAACAAACACAACUUACUAUAAGUGCAGCUGCCGUCGAUAUGACACAACGACAUACACAAAUAAUCGAGGCUACAAUCAAACGAAAUAAUAAUAAUAAAUUCCAAAAUAAUGUCUUUGUUCAUGUUACACAUGAGGCUAGACUCAAAGGUUUAGCACGGGAAAUUCAUCAAAUACAUGAUAAUCACUUUAAGAACACUAUCUAUGGAAACAUUCGAUUAAUUGUCGGCUAUCGAAACAAUCGAAAUAUCGAAUUUGAACUUUCACGUAAACGACCACCUUCAUCUAUACUCAAAGAUCCAUUAUCAAAGAAAACAAAUCACAAUGGAAUUAAUGGCAAUGGUGCGAAUAUAUAA